GACCCGGGCCGGUCUGGAAGGGCUGGCCUAGGCUCUGCGCCUUCGCCAUCACCGCGGCCCGGAGCCGGGUCAGGAGGAUGCGCGGCGCCGGGCUCUGAAGCAUGGAGGGGGUUCUGUACAAGUGGACCAACUAUCUCACAGGUUGGCAGCCUCGUUGGUUUGUUUUAGAUAAUGGAAUCCUGUCCUACUAUGAGUCACAGGAUGAUGUUUGCAAAGGGAGCAAAGGAAGUAUAAAGAUGGCAGUUUGUGAAAUUAAAGUCCAUUCAGCAGACAACACAAGAAUGGAAUUAAUCAUUCCAGGAGAGCAGCAUUUCUACAUGAAAGCAGUGAAUGCGGCUGAAAGACAGAGGUGGCUGGUUGCUCUGGGGAGCUCCAAAGCCUGUUUGACUGACACUAGGACUAAAAAAGAAAAAGAAAUAAGUGAAACCAGUGAAUCUCUGAAAACCAAAAUGUCUGAACUCCGCCUCUACUGUGACCUCCUAAUGCAACAAGUUCAUACAAUCCAAGAGUUUGUUCACCAUGAUGAGAGGCAUUCAUCUUCCAGCGUGGAGAACAUGAAUGAAGCCUCUUCGUUGCUUAGUGCCACCUGUAAUACCUUCAUCACAACACUUGAGGAAUGUGUGAAGAUAGCAAAUGCCAAGUUUAAACCUGAGAUGUUUCAACUGUCCCAUCCAGAUCCCUUAGUUUCUCCUGUGUCACCUUCUCCUGUUCAAAUGAUGAAGCGUUCUGUCAGCCACCCUGGUUCUUGCAGUUCAGAGAGGGGUAGCCACUCUAUAAAAGAACCAGGAUCUACACAUCACCGAUUAUCCCAGCGACGCCAAAGAACCUACUCAGAUACAGACUCUUGUAAUGAUAUUCCACUUGAAGACCCAGAUAGACCUGUUCACUGUUCAAGAAAUACACUUAAUGGAGAUUUGACAUCUGUUAACAUUCCUGAAGAAAGCAGAUUAAUGGCCAAAAAAAAAUCUGAUUCAGAAGAUCCUCUUCCAUCCUUCUCUUCCUGAGGAAACUGAAGUGUCCAACUUCCUCUAAGUAUUGCUAUGCAAAGGCUGCUGUAAUUAAACUAUUGUUAUAUUGUUAUAGGGAGUAGUUUUUCCCUUUACUUAGAAUUUCUCUGCACUUU